AUGCUGUCCCCUGAGGGUUUGGUGGCCGUGGCCGCCGUGGUCGCUUGCCUGGGCUACCUGGCGUGGCACCUUCUGUGUGGGAGGCUCGAGGUGCGCAGAGGUCUGGAGGAUGAGGAGGAGGAAGAGGAGGGGACCCCCAUCCUCACUGAGGACGGCGUGGUGUGCUGCCGGCUGCUGUGCAAGCCCUCGGCGCUGGCCCAGCACCUGGAGCGGAGCUUGGGGCGCUCAGCAGCAUUGAGGGGGGGGCCCUGGCCGUGGCCUCGCUGGCCUCGUCUCCGUCUGCUGCAGCAGCUCCUGCCGCCCCCCCAGCCGGCACCGGCGGUGGUCCGGGAGCACCUGCAGGUCCCCGACGGCGGCCUGGUGGCCCUGGACUGGCUGGUGGGGCCGCGGGGGGAGGGGGGCCGGCGGCGGGGCAGCGGGGGCCCCCCCAGCCCAGUGCUGCUGCUCAUCCCCAACGCCGCCGGCAAGGUGCCGGGGGGGCUCCUGCAGCUGGGCCGCCGGGCGCUGGAGCUCGGCUACGUCCCCGUCGUCUUCAACCGGCGGGGACACAACGGCUGCCCCCUGGCCACCCCUCGGCUCCAGCCCUUCGGGGACCCCGGGGACCUGCGUGAGGCCGUGGCCUACGUGUGCUGCCGGCACCCCGCCGCCCCGCUGCUGGCCGUCAGCGAGGGCUCGGGCUCGGGGCUGCUGCUGGCCUACCUGGGCGAGAGCGGCUCCUCCAGCCGCCUGGCCGCCGCCGCCUGCCUCUCGCCCGUCUUCCGCGCCCGGGACUGGUUCGAGGCCCCGCUGCCCCGGCUCUACGAGUGGCCGCUGCUGCUGCACCUCAAGCGGGGACUCAGCAG